GUUGAAACUUGUGCUAAAUUUAGAAAUAACUGAAGAACCUUACAGGCCAUGGCAUAUAAAAUACUUGCUCCGUCGGUAGUUCAGACAUUGUGAUCCAAAGUCCUAACCAAGCCAGUGAAGAUGUUCAUCCAGAGUUUUCUACUGCUAUUGGCAAUUGGUUUCCUGUCUGCAGGACGAGUUUCCCGACCGGAGGAAAGGAUUAUCGGUGGGCAGAACAUUGAAAUAGAACAGGCUCCUUGGCAGGUGUCCCUACAAGUGAAUGGGGAACACAGCUGUGGAGGCUCUAUUUACACCAAGGAUAUUAUCAUAACUGCUGCCCAUUGCCUUUAUGAAAAAGAACGCCGACUGGAGGCCAAAGAUUUUCUUAUUCGCGUGGGCUCGUCGUUGUCGAACUCCAAAGGAACCCUUGUCAAAGUGGCCGCCAUAAGGUCUCACGAGAAUUAUAACAGUACAAAUUUCACCAAAGACAUUGCCGUCAUGCGAUUAAGUGAACCUCUUAAUUUCACCGACAAAGUCAAGAGUAUCCCUUUGGCCGAGAGGAAUCCUGCUCCUGGAACAGUUGCAAUGGUUUCCGGCUGGGGAGCAACAUCAGUAUUACCUUCACAUAAUGGCUAUCCGGUGUUAUCAUAUCCUAUAAAUCUUCACGGCGUAUACCAUAAUAUACGAAAUUGGAGCUAUUGUAGUGAGAUUUUGUCUAUGUCGGAGAGUAAUAUUUGCGCCGGAACUUAUGGACAAUCGGCAUGUUUUAUGGACUCUGGUGGACCAUUGGUUGUUAACCAAGAACUUGUGGGUGUCGUCUCAAAAGGGCCUGCAUUUUGUGAUGGUUUUACAGUCUAUGAAAGUGUUCCUUUCUUUCGACCCUGGAUUCUAAAUGCCAUUGCAUCUAUUUAAUCAAAAGUUUUGAAUGUUAAACUAUAUCAAAAAUAUAAAUGUCAUUACGAUAGACUCAUAUAAGCAAACCUAAAAAUGUUUCACUACCUUAUACCUUUAAUAAACGAGGGCAUAAAAAUGUACAAACAUUUCCAUCCCAAUAAAUAAAAUGUUGAAUUUUCAA